AGCGGACACCGGGUGAUCUCAGUCUGGAGAGAGCUCAGCGGAGGCAGCAGCAGCGUGAGGACACGUGACAGCUCCAGAGACUGCUAUGACAUCUCGCAGGUGGUUCCACCCCAACAUUACUGGAAUCGAGGCAGAGCAGCUCCUGUUGACCCGGGGAGUCCACGGCAGUUUCUUGGCCAGGCCCAGCAAGAGCAAUCCUGGGGAUUUUACCCUCUCUGUCAGGCGUAACGAUGAGGUGACCCACAUUAAGAUCCAGAACUCAGGCGACUACUACGACCUGUAUGGAGGGGAGAAGUUUGCCACACUGGCCGAGCUGAUCCAAUAUUACACAGAACAACAGGAUCUGCUGCGCGAGAGGAACGGCCAUGUCAUCGAGCUCAAGUACCCACUCAACUGCAAGGACCCCACCUCUGAGAGGUGGUACCACGGACACCUGUCUGGGCGAGAUGCAGAGAAACUGCUCUCAGACAAAGGCAAGGCCGGCAGUUUCCUGGUCCGGGAGAGCCAGAGUAAACCGGGUGACUUCGUCCUCUCGGUUCUCACCAAUGAGGAGAAACAUGAAAACGUGGAUCGCAAGACCAAGGUCACACAUGUUAUGAUACGCUACCAGCAGGACGGUAAAUACGACGUGGGCGGAGGUGAGAGGUUUGACACAUUGGCUGAUCUGGUGGAUCACUACAAGAAAAACCCCAUGGUGGAGAAAAGUGGCAUUGUAGUGCACCUCAAACAGCCAUUUAAUGCCACGAGGAUAAACGCAGCCAACAUUGAGAACCGGGUACGGGAGCUCAACAAAGUAGCAGACAACUCUGAGAAGCCCAAACAAGGAUUCUGGGAAGAAUUUGAGGUACUUCAGCAGCAGGAGUGCAAACUGCUGUAUCCCCGGAAAGACGGCCAGAAGCCAGAAAACAAGAGUAAAAACAGAUACAAGAAUAUCCUCCCCUUCGACACAACUCGUGUUGAACUCAGGGAAAUGGAUCCAGAUAUUCCUGGGUCAGAUUACAUCAAUGCCAACUACAUCAGAAGUCUGCAUGAAGAGGGACGCCACAUGGACGACUGCAAAGUCUUCAUCGCCACCCAGGGCUGCCUCCAAAACACAGUCAAUGACUUUUGGAAGAUGGUGUAUCAGGAGAAUACACACGUCAUCGUCAUGACCACAAAGGAGGUAGAGCGAGGGAGGAACAAAUGUGUGCGCUACUGGCCGGACCUCCACGGCAGCAAGGAGUUUGGGAAGGUGCUAGUGAGGAACAUGGAUGAGCAGUCAGCGCAAGACUACAUCCUGAGGAAGCUGGAGGUGACCCGACUGGACCGGAAGGAGCCUCUGAGGUACAUCUGGCACUAUCAGUAUCUGAGCUGGCCCGACCACGGAGUUCCCAACGAGCCUGGCGGUGUGCUCUGGUUCCUGGAGGAGGCCAACCGCACUCAGAGCACCAUUCCAGACACUGGACCCAUAGUUGUCCACUGCAGUGCAGGCAUCGGCAGGACAGGCACCAUUAUCGUCGUUGACAUUCUCAUCGAUAUUAUUAACCGCCAAGGUCUAGAUUGUGACAUCGAUAUCCCUAAGACCAUCCAGAGGGUACGGCAGCAGAGGUCGGGCAUGGUGCAGACCGAGGCCCAGUACAAGUUCAUCUACAUGGCUGUGCAGCAGUACAUAGAGACGGCUCAGAAGAGACUGGAGGAGGAGCAGAGAAAUAAGUUGAAGGAGAGGGAAUAUUCCAAUAUCAAAUAUCCCCAGAUGACCAACUCAAGAUCCAAACCCAGCGUGGCAUCCUCACGCUCGUCUUCUGUGAUGACAAAUGAUGAUUCGUCGAGUGUGUACGAGAACAUAAACUUUAAAAGCCCUCAGACGUCUUUUAGCAGUAACACCAGGAGGUAAUACUGUCGGAACGUCCACAUUUCUCUUACUUCCUCUUUUUUCAGCUGAGGUGUCGCUUCAUUAGCGCCUGAAAAUCCCUCGAACGGAGGAGGGAGCGUGGUGCUCUGAAUACACCGCACAACUGUGGACCCUGCCUGGGCUGAAGGGGGCGCUCUCCGGCUGCCGUCCUGCUGACUCUCUCUGUCUAGAGUAAAACCUUGACCUCCGCAGAGAGGAGGACUCUAUAGCAUAGUGCCUGCGCUCAGGGCCGCUCUGUCCUCCUUCGUCUCUCUCCUCUUUCGCUCCAGCCUCCAAAGCUCUCCCUCUCCUAACCAGCAGAAGUGCCUUGACACAGGACGUGUCUGUAUCUCUUCUCCCCAAAACCUGCUGUCACAUCUGCACUGUAACUGUUUUCCAAACCCUGGAAACCCAACAUGACAUUAAGAAACAACCAGUUUUUCCUCAGGAAGACGGAUAUUGAACAUGAAGUUUGCCCUUGAGAUGAACAGAGCUGUACGAGAUCCACGAAGAGGUCAAAGCUGAGCAGUUUGUCCACUUGUUCACAGAAACCACUCUGUUCUCUGUCUCUGUCUCUCUCUCUCUCUCUCUCUCUCUCUCUCUCUCUCUCUCUCUCUCUCUCUCUCUCUCUCUCUCUCUCUCCCUGUCUUUUCUGGUUGUUGUUUGAACUCGAAGCUAAGACUGUUUUCGCUGCCACUCCAGCUCUGGUGGUUAUUAAGGUGGCCGCUGAGUGAUAGCGAGGGCAAUUACACAACACAGGAUUCUGAAGCACAUGAAGGGCGAGCAAACUCCUUCUUAUAAGAUAAAAAUAAUUUCUCAUUUUAAUUUGCGGUGUAAAAGUGGAGACUAUUUUAUUUUUAAUUUUUGGGGGGAUUUGCCAGAGUGUUUUGAAAGAAACUUCCUGCGCUGUUGCAAAUAAGUAAAUUUAGUCAUUUAGUGGAGUACUGUCGUGACCUCCAGUGGUCGGCUUCUUUUCAUUACUUCGUGAUGCCGUUGGUAUCAUGGCUGUGUAACAUAUGAGAUGUUUAUUUUUUAAAUAUAAUUAUAUUUAUAAAAGAGCUUAAUGGUGGAAGAGAUCAUAUUUAAGCACACUUGUCUAAGCAGCAGCCGGAAGCUCUAAUUUACACUUUAAUCAUGAUAGUUUUUUGAAGUCCACCUUGGACAGGAAACGGGGUUGAGUGGAUUCCUGAACGGGUUGUUGGAGGUGAGCUCGGCCGACCGCUGCUUCAUUGUCUGGCCGUUCAAUCAGCAGGUCUGAUGCAGUUCAACAUCUGUCGGGGGAGAUCGUCACGAGGAGAUAAGGCAAAGGGGCCGAUUACAGCGGGCCAGAUGGCCAUCUGCCCGAGAUUGAAGAAUAGAUUUGUCUCCAAAAAGUAAUUUAGAAGACGGCCGUAAUCCAAGCUUGAUGAUAGCCGAGCGACGUCACUGAUGUGAUAAGGAAGACGGGGGGGGG